GUCUAACCAUGGACAUGGCGAGGUUCAUCUGCAGAGUAGCAUUUAUCACAACUGUUCUCUCGGACCACCUUGACAUCAUUAUAACACCAACACGUGCCCCUAUAAGGAUAAUAGAGAGAGAUCAAGCCGAAGUCUCCUGUAAGCUUAAGGGUGGUAACAGCAGUUUGUCGUUGAAGUAUAGGUGGUUUAUUGGGAACCACAUUGUCGGCCAAAAAUCCAGCAUCUUGUUGACAGCUGAUAGGCACAUGUUCGACGAAGGAAAUCUGACAUGUGCUGUGCUGGAUACCUCCGAUGUCAAGUACGGGAGUGCAACUGUGGCCGUUAGUGUACAAUAUCCCCCCGAGGUGUUCAGCGAGAGGAGACAUGCUGUCUUCAGAGGUGAAGACGCUAGCAUCUGCCAGGACGUGAGUGGACACCCAACACCCGAUGACUUGAAGUGGAAGAGGGUCGGCGUGAAGUCACCGUGGAUCACCUCACACUGUCGCAUUCGUCAAGUGAACGAAUCCCAUGCUGGAGAGUAUCUUUUUGUCAUGAAUAACACAAUGGCUGACAAUAUUCGGUAUGAGACAAGGAAAGGAAGAGGCGUUCAACUGGUCAACUUGGUGGUAUUGUAUGGUGCUCGGGCGAUCUGCCCGAGUAACUACACAGCGGUUGUGAACACCACGGCGGUGCUAGCAUGUGAGGUAGAUGCUUCUCCGGCCGCCCACAUCACCUGGUCUCGAGCAGGAGGUCCUGCAGCUCUGCCUCAGACUGGCUCCUACCUCAGGAUGCCCCGUGUCCAGGUCUCCGAUGCAGGCGACUAUACAUGCUCUGCAUCCAACACCAUCCGAGAGUACACCGGCAGGGUCUACACCAUGAACGACUCGUGUACGAUACGGCUGAUUGUCCGAGGCAACUUGUCCGAAGCAGUGACCGCAGAUGCACCUUCCGUCCUUGUUAUCUAUAAAACACACUUCAUAGCUGCAAGUGUUGGGAUUGUCGUUCUUGCGUUGGUCGUGGUCCUCGUUGUGGUAUACGUCAGAAGGCGGUCAAAAUUGCAAGACAAUUCUGAACCCGUGAGAGUGGAUGGAGACAACGGCUCCUACAUGCACAGCACGUACACUGGUGGAGGCAAACCACACGCACACAACUACGACGUCACCAGCGCUGGCAACCAGACCCAGCAUUACUACAGACAGGUCCACCGGGACGCUGAAGGUUACUAUGGAAACGUGGAGACAGCUGACCCGCAGGAUUAUGUCAAUUAUCACCCAGAAGAACACACAGACGCAAGUUACCCUGGUAAUGUAACUGUACAGGAACGCAGAAAUGAGUUUUACUAUGGCAACGUAGACGAAACUGAUAUUUAUCAAAAUGUUUAAAUCGGAAUUUCGUUAUCAGAUUUGUAUUCAGUUAUACAAAGCUAGAUCGUUUCUGCGUUUCUAUUUUCGGUUUGGGAGGGUCACUCUGGUGUUGCUUUUAAUACCGACACCAGAUUUCCCCUCGGCAUUUCAAGGCAGAUAACGAGUUGCUGCUGGCAGUGGUUCAGUUGAGUGAGUGAGUGAGUGAGUGAGUUGGGUUUUACGACGCUUAACCCCCUGGAUGCCAGAGGGACAUAUAUAUGUCCCUCCUCUACAACCCUCACUUUGAAGUCGAAUAAAAUUCAACAUACAUCAUGCACACUAAUACACAUCACAAUUUUGAAUAAGGUGGGAGAUUCCCUGUUCUGUGAUAUAAUUCAUUGGCUUUUUAGGCCAAGCAAAAGUACAAAAAAUGACCUCUGAAAAUUAGGUACUUCGUAAAUGUCGCCAUGUUUUACACA